UCUUAGAUACGUCCAAGAUUUUUUUUUUUGUAAAACUUCUUACUAGCUGAAUCAGAGGCGAGAACCAUUAUCUUAGGUUUGGAGCAAAAUUUUCAUUAUUAAGGAUCCGUGUUGAUUGUUUGUUUAAUCAGUCAAUUUCUUUCGGUAAUGAGCAGUCUGCACUCUCAGUUGCAAAUUCGUAAAUAAACUAAUGAUUUAAUUUAUUUACUAGUUAAACUUACAACUUAAUAUUACCAACCAAUUAGUUUUGUCCUUCCUUUACUUAUUUUUUUUUUAAAUUUCUUUAAUAUGUAAAUAUGUAAGUGUAACAGUAAAAACUUACAAAAUUAAGUUUGUUACAUAGAGCAUUGUUUAAUUAUAUUUACAAAAAAAAGUAAGUGCUAGGGGCUGUUUAUAAAUUUUCAUAAAGUUGAAGUACUUUCCCUUAAUAAUUUUUAAAACAAUACUCAAAAAAUUUCGAAACCCCUGAGGUGGGGUCCGCUCCGAGCAACUGAUUUGGGUAGCGCUUGUGCGUGACUGUUUUAGCCUAUAGGAAGUUAGAUAAAAUCGGUCUAUAUUACCCCUACUAUCUUCCUAAAAUACCAACUUUGCCCCUAAAUAUCCUUCUCCCUAUAAACUGUAAAACUCGCUUUCUCUCUCACUCUCACUCCCAUUUCAAUUUAUUUUUUCGAAAUUUUAUCUUUCUCUUUCUAUCUCUAAGUUUACUAGCGGAAACGAAUCUUCUUCUCCACUCCAAACCUCUCGAAAAUGGUAAUGGCUCAGAAGCUCAAGGAAGCUGAGAUCACCGAGCAGGACUCGCUCCUUCUGACUAGGAAUCUGCUUCGUAUAGCUAUCUUCAACAUCAGCUACAUCAGGGGCCUCUUUCCCGAGAACUACUUCAAUGAUAAAUCUGUUCCUGCUUUAGAUAUGAAGAUCAAGAAGCUGUUGCCUAUAGAUCCUGAAUCACGCCGAUUGAUUGACUGGAUGGAGAAAGGUGUCUACGAUGCGCUACAGAAGAAGUAUUUGAAGACGCUCAUGUUCUGCAUAUGCGAAUCAGUUGAGGGUCCGAUGAUUGAGGAGUACUCAUUCAAUUUCAGCUAUUCGGAUUCUGAUAGCCAAGAUGUCAGGAUGAACAUCAGUCGUACUGGAACUAAGAAACAUGGAGGAACUUUUCACUCCACUGCUGACAUUACCCAAAAUCAAAUGAGGAGUUCAGCUUGCAAAAUGGUUCGCACACUAGUCCAGCUGAUGAGGACCCUCGACAAAAUGCCAGACAAGCGCACCAUAGUGAUGAAGCUUAUGUACUACGAUGAUGUCACGCCACCAGAUUACGAGCCACCUUUCUUCAGAGGCUGUACAGAAGAAGAAGCUCAGCAUGUCUGGACGAAGGAUCCUCUGAGAAUGGAAGUUGGGAACGUUAACAGCAAACAUCUCGUGUUAACGCUUAAGGUCAAGAGCGUUCUUGAUCCUUGUGCGGAUGAAAAUGAUGACAUGCAAGAUGAUGGAAAGAGUACAGAACCUAAUUCUGUACAUGAUGAGCAGCCUUCUGAUUCAGAUAGCGAGAUAAGUCAAGCAAAAGAAACUCAAUUCCUUCUGGCGCCAGUAGAGAAACAAGAGGAUGAUGAUGGAGAGGUUGAUGAAGAUGACACACAGGAUCCGGUUGAGUCUCAACAGCAGCUAGAAAGGGUGAAGGACUGGAUCAACUCCCGCCACCUCGAUACUCUGGAGGUCACAGAUGUUCUUGCAAACUUCCCAGAUAUCUCAAUAGCUCUGACUGAAGAAAUCAUGGAUCAGCUGGAGAAAGAAGGUGUUCUUUCGAAAACAGGGAAGGAAACAUACAUUAUAAACAGAGAAAAGACACCACGGAGCGAAUUCAACUUUGUGAAAGAUGAAGCUGAUGGUAAAACUGCUUCCAAGGACGAGAAAUCUAUAGCUCCUGAAGACUACAUGUACAUGAAAGCUCUGUACCAUUCUCUUCCGAUGCAAUAUGUGACAAUUACAAAGCUUCACAACAUGUUGGAUGGUGAAGCCAACCAGACGAAAGUUCGUAAGCUAAUUGACCGAAUGAUCCAAGAGGGCUACGUGGAAGAUUCUAGCAACCGCAGGCUAGGGAAGCGUGUAAUACACUCAGUUUUUACCGAGAAUAAGCUAAAUGAAGUCAGAAAAGUUCUUGCCACAAAUGAUGAUAUGGACGUGGAUGUUGAGGAAACUGUAAACAAGACCAACGGCCAAGACGCGAAACUAACCCCAGAUGUAUCUACACGCGGAGGCAUCCACUCUAUUGGAUCAGACUUGACACGCACGAAAGGGAGAUCUGCAAUGCAGCAGAACGGAUCGGUGCUAAGUGAACAGACCAUCUCGAAAGCUAAUAACACUCCGAUGAGCAGCAAUGCACAGCCUGUGGCUUCGAGGGAGAGUUUUGCUGUAAAAGGAAUGGCUGCUAAAAUCUGCACGGACGCGGGCACAGACUCUAGCCAAGCCUCACAAGACAGGCGUUACAGGAAAACCAGCACGGUGAGAGACCCUAUCCUGCAGUACUCGAAGCGCCAGAAAUCUCAGGCUAAUUGAUGAUGGUACCACAGUAUCAUACACGAAAGCCACCAUACUCGGUGGCUAUGAUAGUAUCUACCAAUUCCCAUAAUCCAUAAACUCUCCUGAUACACUCGCUUUAUUCCCAUGCUUUAAGUAUUAUGAUCUUUGUUACUUUUGGUACGAGACUUGUUGUGGUUUUAUGAUAUUGCGUAUCAGACGCUGCCUUUUGCUUUAUCGUUUCUUUUCCCGUUCUGGAUUAGUAUAUCUGUUGCAGACUAUUUUCAUGCUUCUUUUCCCUUUUGAGAAUAUAUUUCAGUAAAAGCAAACAUGUUUAUUGGGGAUUACUUACACUAGUAAAUCAUUUAGGCUUUU